GGGAGUUGCUUCGACUGUGAUAGCGGGUGGUUGCAGCAUCCAUCAUGCCGACUCAAAUGCAUCGAUACACCUUAGUUGGUUUUUCUGACGAGUUGGAUUGGAGAGAAGUGAACUUUGUGGAACCAAUUCCACGGAGCAGAAUUUGCCAAGCAUGCGGGCUGGUAACCAGAGUGACCGGACUUCUGCCUUGCCGACAUGUUUUCUGCAAGAAGUGCUACGAACAGUGCCGUAGUGAGGACGGGCAUUGCUGUCUUCUCGAUGGUGAACAAGUCCUGGCAGAUGAUGUCGAAUGGAUGGAAUGUCCUGUGCACAACCUGCUAAAACGAAAGGUAAAAUGUUGGAACGAAGAUCGUGGCUGUGGCAUGGUUCUGGCUGCAUCAGAGCUCAGCAAGCACUUUAGCAAGGAUUGUGACCACCACUCUACGUCCUGUCCGAGAUGCUCGUCUGUCGUGCUUUGUAGUGACGUGUGUAGGCACAUACAGAGCGAAUGCAGGGAUCAUGCGUCAUCUGUGGUACCAGGAGCUGCGCAAACGAUUACCGGAGACAAAAACGAAAUCAUUGUGGCUUUGAAUGCAGACAUUAACAUGGAAGCAGCUAAAAUUGAAGGCAGGUUAGAUCAAAUUGUGAAUGAAAAUAAUUGCCAAAGUAACCGUCUUGAGGAGAUUUCACAUUCCGUGAACAUGAUGAAGGAAAAACUGCUAGAAAUCUCAAGAAGCAAUGUGCAAGAGAGCGUUGCGUUGUCCCUAGAAGCAAUCCAUGAAACUCUGAAUGGACAAGGGGAAAACUUGCAGUUGCUUGCAGGAACGAUAACCAAGUCACAUGAAAUACUGAAGGAAGCUUUGGACGGCACAAAGCUAAGUGUCGAGCAACUGAAAGAAAAUGCAGGAAACAUAUUGAGAGAUGUAUUAAGAGAACUUAGCGCUGAGCGCAGUGCGCUAACAGAAACUUUUCGAAAGGAGUUGCAGGAUGCCACAAAUACAGUUUGCAGUAACGAUUCAGCAACUUUUGCUAGUAUUGUUGACGUAAAGGACUGCAAGAGGCAAACGAAUUCAAGUGCAGUGAAUGUAGAAAGAAUACUGCCUCUAAGCACAAUCAAUGUUAUGCGACACGAGUUCACUGUAGAAAGAUUCAAAGAAACGAAAGAGAGUGCGGUUUCAGUAGGCUAUCACCUUUACGAGGAGAAAGAAAUGUACCUCUCCGGCUAUCACCUUUCACCAGGAGUGCUUUUUAAAAUGGUGGAAGAGAAUGUUCUACUCUGUCCUUCCAUUAAGGUGAACAAGGGAAUUAUAGACAAUGUCCUUCAAUGGCCAUUCAAUAAGGACUUUGGGCUGACAUUAAAACACCCAUCGCAAAAGAAAGACUGCCAGAAAGUUGCUGUCACUUCGCAAGACGCGCAGUGGUUUGCAAGACCAGAUAAAGAAAGUAAUCCAGGAUGUCAUUAUGCUGGCUCUUCAUUUCGCUUGGGUGAUCUGGAACGUGAAGGAUAUAUCGUUGAUAACAAGCUUCGGGUAGUGUGGGAGCUUUUUCCGAAAACAAAUGAAGGCAAAUGAAAAGUGAGGUGUGAUUUAGGUAUAUUAUAUGUGUGUAUGUCGGUAAAUCUGGAAAUGAGCAUGGUUGUUGCAAAUACCUUCCAUGAAAGCAAACUACAGCUUCCUGUUCAGGUAUGUCGACACUUCUGUGGACUCUUACGCAUGCAGGCGACCCCUUUAUUGAUGCACAAUGUAGCCGCCCCGUGAUUCCGUGUUCACCUUAAAACCACUUCUGUAUAGAGGACUUUCGUUAAGAAUAAAAUAGUGCGGCAUUGUUCUACCGUUACUAAUUGUAGCUACCAUGUGUGAAUUGCAGAAAACACGUCACGGUAGCCCCGUGGCUAUGCCGGUGCUCUGCUGUUUUGCAAGUAGAGCGUUUGAUCACU